CUGACGGAUUUGUUUUUAAACUCAAGUGCAUCUUCAGCUAGCAUUAGCGCUAAAACAGCUAGCAUGUUAGCAACACAUCUGAGCCAGAACACCAGGGAGACAGAAGGGACAGUGAGGAAUAUGAGGAAGAAGAAGAACAAAACGAGCAAGAGGAGGAUGAAGAGAUAGACAUGGAUAACGAAUCUAUGGAACUAACCAACACAGAACUGCUGUGGGUCUGAAUGUGGAUUAGCAGAAGUAACAGAGAUGGAGACCAAUGCUGCAGGAGGGAGUGCAGCUACAGAACGCCAUCCCCACCGCCUUCUCCCACUUUGAAGGACCCAUGGAGGAAAAUACCCUGGGGAGACAAAGCGACGGACCUCCAGUAUGUGAAGGAUUAUGAGCCUGAAAACGAUGACAUCAAACAUGUCCGAAUCCUUCUGUACGGACCCGUUGGAGUUGGAAAGUCCAGCUUCGUGAACUCUGUCAGCAACGUCCUACGAGGCAGAAUGACUACUCCGGCUUUGGCCAGUGCAACUACCUCUGACAAAAGUUUCACCACAAGUUAUGCAACUCAUAAAAUCAAAAAGGAAGGAAGAGGACAGUCAAAGACAUAUUAUCCUUUCGUCUUCAAUGACAUCAUGGGUCUGGAGAAAGGGGGUGGAGUUCAUCCUGAUGACAUCAAACUGGCCCUGAAAGGACACGUGAAGGACGGAUACACGUUCAACCCUGAAUCUCCUCUCGUCUCUGAGAAAAAUCCAGGCUACAACCCUCAUCCGUCUCCAGAAGACAAAGUCCAUGUUCUGGUUUGUGUGCUUUCUGCUAAUGCAGCCGAAAUUCCAGACUCAGUUCUGAAGAAGAUGGCAGAAGUCAGAAAGUUAGCCAGUGACCUGGGGAUUCCCCAAAUGGCAAUAGGCACCCACAUUGAUGCAGCCUGUCCUGAGACUGAAAAGGAUCUGAAGAAUGUGUACAAGAGCAAGUACAUUAAGAGAAAGGUACAUGACUUCAGCGCUGCAGUGGGAAUCCCAGUGAACUGCAUCUUUCCUGUGAAGAACUACAGUAAUGAAAUCGACAUCGAUGAUGAUGUCGACUCUCUGAUCCUGAGUGCACUGAGAAAGAUGCUUGACUUUGGAGACGACUUCAUUGACAAAUGAAUUUGGCAGCAAGUGUUCAAUGAUAACCAUAUCUAUAUCUGGUUAAUGGUAAUACAGUUAUAUUAAUAUUGUAAUAACAUGAUAAUGAUGGGAUAAUAUAUUUUGAUGUUUAAACUGUAUUAUAGGCUAUUAUCAGCAUAAUACCUUCCAAAUUAGAUGGUUACAAACGAUUGGUUUAGUCUUGUGACGUCUUACCUUGAAACACGUCUGGUAGUUUCUGUGUAAUAACCAAUAAUCAGUGCUGCAAAAUGCAAAACUACCUGUUUCUAUUUCAUUUCAAGGUAAUAUUUCAUACAUACACAUUUUAUAGUAUUGAUGCCUUGUAUUUAAAAGUCCAAAGGAAUGCCAUGUACGAACAUGUUUACAUGGGUUAUGUUAUGUAUAUGUUUAUACUGAUAUUAAAUUAAGUAUUUGCUGAA